AUGAAGGAACAUAAAGAUGGAAUUUAUUAAGGAGGAUAAAAUUCUAAAUAGCAAAAACAUGGGCUUGGAGUGUACUUAUGGGAUGUAGGUUCAGCAUAUUAUGGAGAGUGGAAAAACGAUUUGAUAGAUGGAUAAGGAAUUUUAUUUUUAGGUGGAUAGAUUAUAAUCUAAGGAGGUUUUUAGAAAGGAGUUGCACAUGGUUAUUUAGUAAUAAAAGUUGGUAAAAGAGUGUUUUAUAGUUAAUUUGAUAAAGGAGAGGCUAUAUUCAUAUAGGAAGGAGAGAAAAAGAUUACAAUAUAAUAAUCAAGUGCAUAGAUAACAAAUGAUUGUAAUGAUGAUGCCGAUAGAAUAUUAUAAGGAAUAAGUAAAUUGUAAUAAGGUGAUUUGUAAAUAUAGUUGUUUAAUCAUUGUAUAUACUAUGGGAAUGUUGGUAAGGCAAAUUUGCCAAAUGGAUUGGGGAUAGAGAUAUCAAAUUUGUUUUAUUAAUGUGGUUAAUUUGUAGAUGGGAAAUUGAAUGGUUUGGGUAGAUUAGAUUAAUAGGAGGAGAUUUAUUAGGGAUAAUUUCAAUAAGGUAUAUAUCAUGGGAAUGGAUUGAUGAUAUUUAAGGAUGAGAGAAUCUAAUGGGUGAAAGGUAAAUAUAAUCAGGGACAAUUGGUGGAGAUCAAGAGCAGUGGUUAUUUAGAUUAAAUGGAAACACCACAAGAAUUAGUGUGUAAUUUGUAUUUAUAUCUUUAUUAGUUACAUUUAGUAAGAAACACAAUUAAUAGUAUCUAAUAACUCCAAUCUCUAAAGAUAUUAUUUUGGGUUAUAUAAGGUUGUUUGAAGUUAUGUAAUUUGUUAGACUUCGUGUUAAUACUCUAACUGAUAUUAAAUCAUAACAGUACCCUCCUACAAGAAAAUAUAGUACUAAUGCAAAUACAUUAAGUAAAUCUGUUGAAGAAAUUAAAAAAUUAUAAACUUAAUUUAAUACUAGAAAUCUUAAUUAAUAAAAUCAAAUUUAUGAAAUCAUUCUAGAUUAACAUGAUGAAAAUUAAACCUAAAGAAAAACUGAUACAUAAUAAUCUAGAACUAAAACUUAACCUACUGAAGAUUAUUAUGAAAAUAAAAUUUCAUUUGGAUUACUAGAAAUUCCAAGUCUUAAAAAUUCCAGAAAAACUGCUGCUUUUUAAUCUGAAGAACAAUAAUAAUAAAUUAAAAAUAAUAGUGAAUAUAUUUAAAAAAGAUCAUCGUCUUAGAAUGAAGUUAAAUAAGUUUAACCAUAAUAAGUAUAAUAAUAAUUAUAAACUAAUGAUCGUAUGUUAACUCUGAAGAAUAUUUUAGAAGCUUAGAAAUUAAAAUACAAUUCUGAUUCCAAAUAAAAAAAAACUGUUUUUGCUGAUAUUUAAACAUCAACAGUUUAGAAAAGUAAAUAGAUUAUAUAAAAAAAUAAUAAAAAUUUACAAUGUCUAAGUGAGGUUGUUUAAAAAGAGUUAAAUAGAUCUCCACCUAGUGAAGAAAGAAGAUCUACCAUUAAACCUAUUUAUAUAUAAUGUGAUGAAAAUGAAUAAUAGUAACUUAGUUCUUAAAAAACUCUGCCUAGUAAAUUCAAUGUUGAUUAUAAUACGGCUUCUAAUGAUCAUAAAACAAAAAUUCAUGGUUUGCUUAAUAAAUUUAAUAGUAUAAAAAUCAAACCUACUAUAAAAUAAGGAACUUAAAACAUAGGAUUGUCAACAAAAUCUUUAAGUUCAAAAUAAUCUAUGUAAAAGGUUUAUGAUACAAAUGAGGCACCUUUAAAUAACAUUUAAAAUUGUAUUUCUUUAGUAUCGCAUAAAAAUACUGUUCAAGAAAGAAAUUUAUAAACAUCAUUUGAAAAAUAAUAAUUUAAAAAGAUGGAUGAAUCAAAUUAUCAUUCUUGCAAUGGUAAUUGUACUCAAAUUCAAUUAGAUGAUUAGAACACUAAAUAUAUUUAAGAAAUUCGAUAAGAAUUAGCAGAAUAAAAACAAAUGCUAACUUAACUAUUUUAAUCUAUGUAAUAAAAAUAACCAUAAGUUAAUAAAAAUUAAUAUGUUAAAAGAUUACCUAAUACACCUCAAAGGAAUAUUUAAAUAUAAUAAUAAUAGCCAAAAUAAGUUUAUGUUUAUCCAGCAUUUACAUUUGUAAAAUCAGUUUCUCCAGUAAGACUUUGA